AUGGCUCCGUCAACAACCCAGACACCGGAGGCUGCAGCCCCCACGCCCACGCCAUCCUCAUCGGCCGCUGCGACGUCGCCCGAGCUCCCGGCCAUAGUCAAGAACGACCCGGCGCGGACCGGCUUCGACCCGGCGACCAAGUGGUGGAUGAACUACUUCAAGAUCCUGUCGGGGCAGAUCACGACCGAGGGCGCGUUCCACUACCGGGAGUCGCGGUACGUGGCCAACGAGGAGCGCGACUGCAAGACGUGCGAGGGCUACCGGGACUGGGCGUUCGCGCACUCGCCAACGGUGCGCUUCAUGCGCGAGAAGAUCGAGGCCCUCAACGGCCGCCUCGACGCCGACAACGUCGUCUGCCGCCGCUGCCCCGCCCGCCUGACCGCCGACGGCGAGGUCCACCGCCAGAGCGGCGGCUUCUCCCCCGGACACGGCAUCCUCAUCUGCGCCAACGAGGUCCGCGACCGCAAGCACCUCGAGGACACACUGGCGCACGAGAUGGUACACGCCUGGGACCACCUGAGAUGGAAGGUCGACUGGGCCGGCGGCAAGGACCUGAAGCAUGCCGCCUGCACCGAGAUACGGGCAUCGAUGUUGAGUGGCGAGUGCAGAUGGACGAAGGAGGCCAUCACAAGAGGGAACUGGACGUUGACACAGCAGUUCCAGGAAUGUGUACGGAAGCGAGCUGUGCAGUCGGUGCUCGCGAGACCGGCAUGCAAGGACGAUGUGCAGGCCGUCAAGGUGGUGAAUCAGGUCUGGGACUCGUGUUUCGCAGAUACGAGGCCUUUCGACGAAGUGUAUAGGUAG